UCGAGCUUAUGCUAGUGUCGCUGCCUCACCUGUGACUGUCACAAAGUCUAAAACUGGAAUUACUGUCGUUUCGGUUGAAGGUGAACAUGUUUCUAAAAAUAGUGCCCCUGCUUCCUCUGUCUCCCUUGUGGUAAAGGCUGGUUCUCGGGAGGAGGGUACUGAUAAUGUCGGUGUGGCUCAUUUUUUAAAGAAUUUUGCUUUUAAGAACACAUCGGCACGAACUGCAUUCCGCACUACGCGUGAAGCAGAAUUACUCGGUGGCUUCUUAUCUGCAAAUUUGACAAGAGAGAAUUUAAUACUAUCGACUGAUUUUUUACGCGGUGACCU